AUGUCAGCAAAUCAUCCCCACACAAUCCCUAAGCCAUGCAAGCAUCUGCUGGAUUUUAAGCUUAAAAAUGGCUUGCAGAACUAUAAUCUGAUCCAAGAUUUGUUUAAUUGCAGCCCAUAUGGAAGAACACUGAUUUAUAACCCCAAAUCUGAGAUGCCCAGAUGCAGCUUUUGCUCUGGGCACCAAGGCAGAUUGUUUAUGUGCUUGAUCUGUUCAUCAGUCACUUGCUGUAAAAACCCUGAAUCAAAUCAUGCCUUUUUACAUGGUAGAUCUUUUGUCAGCCAUGAAAUUCUUGUAGACAUUGAAAGGGCUGAGCUUUAUUGCUGUGCUUGCUGUGAUCAAGUGUACGAUCCUGAUUUUGAUAAGACUGUGGUGUGUAAGAACAUAACGUUAAGGGCUAGCAAGAGGAAAAGAUUGGAUUUUGCGGGUGAUUCGGGUCUGAAAAGUGUGAAAAGGCUUGUUUUUAGGAGAAAACAAAGGUCCAAAUCAUGUGUGCCAUUGGGAUUGAGAGGAUUGAACAAUCUAGGAAAUACUUGUUUUAUGAACUCCGUUUUGCAAGCAUUGGUUCACGCCCCGCCUUUGAGGGACUAUUUUCUUAGUGAUAGACAUAACCAUGAGAUCUGCAGAAAAAGAAGCACUUUGGAUCAAAAUCAAUUGUGUUUGCCAUGUGAUGUGGAUGUUGUUUUUUCGGCUGUUUUUUCGGGUGAACGCACGCCAUAUAGUCCUGCCAAGUUUCUUUACAGGUUUGAUAAUCUUAUGGAAUUUGUAUAA